UAGAGAAAAUGGGAACGAAGUUCUCAGUUCUUCUUUUGCUCUUCAUUCUUUUUCCACUUGCUUUAGCCCAAUUAAAGGUUGGUUUUUACAACUCUACUUGUCCAAGAGCUGAAUCAAUCAUUGGCCAAAUAGUCGCUAAGCGAUUCAAUACAACUGCUUCAGUAACGGCUGCCCUCCUUCGCAUGCAUUUUCACGACUGCUUUGUUAGAGGUUGCGACGCAUCAAUUCUUAUAGACUCAACUAAUACAACGCAAUCAGAGAAAGACGCAGGUGCCAACCAGACUGUCCGAGAAUUCGAGCUCAUUGACGAGGCCAAGCUCGCCCUAGAGAAGGAAUGUCCUUCAACCGUCUCAUGCGCAGAUAUCAUAACUCUCGCAACUCGCGAUGCAGUGGCUCUUUCCAAAGGACCAUUUUACGCCGUUCCUACAGGAAGGCGCGACGGUCUUGUAUCAAAUCCUGAUGAAGUUUUCUUACCAGGCCCAACUAUAAGUGUUUCUGAUGCAAUCAAUGUUUUUGCUGCCAAAAAAUUAACUGUAAAUAAUAUGGUAGCCCUUUUGGGAGGCCACACUGUCGGUGUUGCUCAUUGUAGCUUUUUCGAAGAUCGCCUUUCCAAUUUUCAGGGAACUAAUGCUCCUGAUCCAACGAUGGAUCCUGCUUUGGUUGCCGAGCUCAAGAGGAUUUGCAGCGGUAACAAUGACCCGACUGCAUUUUUGGACCAAGGCACACCCUUUGUUUUAGAUAAUCAAUUCUACAAUCAGACCCUUUUCAAGAGAGGAGUUAUGCAGAUUGACCAGCGACUUGCUUCGGAUAAAUCUACUUCUGGAAUUGUUUCUGGUUUUGCAUCAAAUAAUGCUGCAUUUAGGUUGAGAUUUGCAGAGGCUAUGGUUAAAAUGGGGAGCAUCGAAGUUCUUGUUGGAAAUAAUGGACAAAUUAGGCAAAAUUGUCGAGUUGUCAACCAGGGCAAACCACUAAGUUCAGGAAAUCUGGGACAAGGGAAGCCGAAGAAACCAGUCGAUCAGCCCAAACCCAAGAAACAAAAAUCGAAGACUAAAAGGCAGAAGCCCAAGUCUAAAAAGAAUCCAAAAAAUGGGAAAAAGUAAAACGAACCAGGGCAUUUUAAAUAUUUUUGGCAAGGUCUAAUGAGAUUUAAGAAGUUAUUGUGGUUUUAUUUUUAGAAUAAAAAUUAUUAAUAUGGUGUUAAGCAAUUUGUUUAUUUAUUUUGUGCUCUAGUUGGAAUUGAUUUAU